AAAAAGAAGUUGUGGGAAUUUGAACUUUUUACCUCCGCAACACUAAUAGUGGUUAAGCGUUGGAGUAAGAGGAAGGAAAUUAGAAAAAAAAUUUUAAUUGAUAUCUUUUGUAAUUUCCAUAUUCAAUCGUCAUGAAAAUACUUUCGUUUUCGUUUUAACAAAAUAAUCAGUAAUCUUGACUUCUGUAUGAUUCCGUACUUGCAUAAAUACAGCCUGCUAAAUGUAUCUGAAGUUGAUGUGGCCGGACAAGGUUCUGUUUCAAAGAAUUAAUUGAAGUUACGUCGUAACGGAGGCCGUGUUAACCUCUUAUGUAAAAUUCAUUGUAAAUAUUGACAAUCAAAGUAAUUAAGAACUUAAUUGCUUUUUCUGUUUUAUAGCAUGACAAAGCGUUUUUUGUUCACAUUUAAUUAUAACAUCAACUCAUCUUGUUUUUAAAAACAAAUUGAUAUAUAAAAGAAAGAGAAUCUCAGAGUUCAGACGCAGUACAGAUACCGACGAUAAAACAUGGCACACCGUGCUCUUACAACACCAAGAAAAGGUAGUAAUGGAAGAGAACUUAAGAAAGCUCGUUCACUCACAUUCAAAGAAAGACUUCGUACUACCUUUUUACGUAAAUUUGCAAAGGGUGAGACCACAGAACUAAAUGAAGAAAUCAUUUAUGGUAAAGUUGUAGUUCUUGGCGACCAUGCUGUGGGAAAAACGGCUUUGAUCCAUAGGUUUUCUAACAAUUAUUUUACCGAUCAAUAUACGCCUACUGAGAGUACAGCUAUGUUUGACGUAACAGCGUUAGUGGAGUGCGAUAACGCAGAAAAUAACAAUGAAAGUAGCGUUUCACGUCCAGUAACUACAAAGGAAAGGAAGAAAACCACGCCGCGACGCAAGAAAAGUAAGUCUAUUAGGCGAGUAGUUAGUAUGGGAGACGAUACUAUAGAACAAGCACCCGAACCAGAAUGUGGAAUGAAGUCGUUUAAAUUCCAAUUGGUAGAUACAUCACCUGAUAUUAAUAAAAUCUCCCCAGUUUCCUAUAGAGCAACCGUGGCUGAUGCCCAUGGCUUUUUGUUGAUUUGCUCUUACGAUAAACCAGAAAGUUUAGAAUAUAUAAAGAGCGUUUAUGAAGAUAUAAAGAACAUGAGACAAUGUGGGAAUGUUCCUGUCAUUAUUGUGGCAAACAAAUGUGACUUGAGCAGCUCUAAAACAGUUGUAUUUGAAAAAAGCAUUGUGGAUUUGGCAGCUAAGUUAAAUAUCCAAUGGUGUGAAAUUUCAGCUGCAAAUUCUGAGGGAUAUCAAAACAUGACGGAGCAUAUGCUAAACGAAAUGAACAUCUACGAUGCAGAAAAGGUGAGGGAGAAUAACUUGCCGGAUGAUUUUGCUUUCAUUGACGAAAAACAACGACGAAAAAGUUUAAACAACUUGAACAAGUUUAAAAUAAUGUUUUAAAAGUUGGCUUGUUGAUAGAAACUGUCUUUCAAAAAGAGAAUUCAGUAUUUUGGUCGCAUGCGGUUGGAAAGUCGUGUGUUUACGAACGUGCUUAGUGGUUUCCUUUUGAACUACCCAUUCACACACAUAAACAUUUCCUUUACGCUGUAUCAUUGAUUAUCUUACUAGUCAUCGGGAGGGGUGAGUUCAUAUGCGUAAACGAAAUUAUAUGUGAUUAAGUAUGAUUACAAAUGAUUAACCUGGACAAAAGAAAAACAUAUGUAAUGUAUAUACAAGCUUUCUUACUCAUAACAAAAAAUGGAUUUGUUCAUAACAAAUAACUUUAUGUUUUUAUAAAAAAUGUUCUUUAUAAAAAACUUGUAAAUUAUUUAUAUAUUUUAAACGAGAAAAACGGAUACAUCACAGAUAUAAAUUUUGGGCGGACAACGAGCGGAAGUUGACGAGUUCCUAAUUAAUUGACACAUUUUUUUGGUGACGCUUGAUAUGAACUUUCGAAGCACGACAAAGUUUUUUUUACAAUGAGACAUAUAAUGUGUAAUAAACUUCUUUCGACAGAAAUAUUCAUUCAUGAAAUAUAAUGAUUACUUUUAAAUUACUGAUUUCUUUCAACCAGCGCGUGGGAGAACUAAAUCAAGGGAAAGUGAAGGUACUUCAAACAGCAGCAUAGAGCCCAUAAUUGUUUUUUUUUUUCAUACCGUUGUGGUUGUUGUUUGCUGUUGUUGUUGUUUUUGUUGUUUUGCUGUUGUUAUUUUUUUGUUGUAAAAUAUUUUGUUUUGAUACUGUGGUUAUAAUUUUAUUAGUCAUAAAAUUAAACUAAUCCGUUCGGUUAGAUUUAUGGCUUAGUUUAAAAAGUUUCGUUGAGAAACCAGAAGCGUUCCAUACAUAAUUUACAUUCUUAUUUAAAUGACGAAAUGCAUUCUAUGAAUUUCUUUA